UGCUUGAGUUCAGUGUUUGGCAGGUUUAGUUAGCUCAGGAUCCUUUAAUCUGGACCAUGCAGAACCAAACCCAUAAAUAACACUGACAAUUUUUGUACGGGGAAAGAACAUAGUGAACUGAGAGACAACAAGCACCGAGCCAUGAAGCUGAAGGUCAUGUCACCGUUGCUGUUUGUGGCACUGUUGUGCUCAGCCAUGGCUUCACAGCUCUUAGCAAUGGACUGUGGGACAGAGUUUGCAGCUCUUAAAGACAGCAUAAGGAAACUGGAGAACAAACUUUUGAUUACAUCUUGGCAGGCUGAGCAUUUGCAGAUGCACAAAUACUUCCGUCCGUUUCGGCAUAUUGUGCCAAUCAUGGACCCUCAGCAAGCCAAAGACCCUAUAAUCCAAAACCGCACCGGGACGUUACACAGUUCUGAUGUUGGACUUCCACAAGCAGGCAGCGUUCUUGUCCAUGACAAAGACUGUUCUGAGCUGUUUGACAGACUGAGAUCACCAAGUGGUUUCUAUCGUAUCAGACCUAAAUUACACCAAGAACCAUUUCUGGUCUACUGUGACAUGGGGGAUGGAGGAGGCUGGACAGUAUUUCAGCGCCGUCGUCAUGGAAAAGUAGAUUUUAACAGAGACUGGGUCGACUACAGAGAUGGUUUUGGUGACUUCAAACUGUGGAAUGAUGAGUUUUGGUUGGGAAAUGAGCAAAUAUACUCUCUGCUCUCAGAAGAUAAGAACCUUGUGAAAGUUGAUCUCAUGGACUGGGACGGGAAGAGAGCUCACGCAUUUUAUGAGAACUUCAGGAUCUCUGAUGAGAAGGAUAAGUAUCGUCUCCAGUACGGACUGUAUAGUGGGUCAGCUGGAGAUGCUCUGACUGGUGGUGGAGGAAUGGUGGAACAAUGGUCAGCUUGCCUCGGCGGUAUGCAGUUUAGUACUCGGGAUCAGGACAAUGACCGAUACCUUCAGGGCAGUUGUGCCCAAGAGAAUAAGGCGGGCUGGUGGUUUAACAGAUGCCAUGCAGCCAAUCUGAAUGGAAAGUUCUACCGUGGAGGGACAUACAAGGGGCCAUAUGACAAUGGUGUAGUAUGGGGAACCUGGAAGGGUCUUUGGUACUCCCUUAGACACACUACGAUGAAGGUGCGGCCCCUGGUUUUCUUGGAUGCAAUGGGCAGUGGAGCUGGUGAAGAUUAGAAACACAAGGUUUCAGAAUUCUUCUGACCAACAUGGAAGCAUAAGAAAUGAACCCAAAGAUGACAAGAAAUAUUUGAUGCCAGGAAGUUGACUUUUACCAUUUAUCUCUCUGCUUCAUUUUCUGACAAAAUAUAAUUUAACAGAGCAGUAUUUUUAUUUCAUGUAAAGUACUUGGUAUUGAUACAGCGCAUGACAAAAUUCAAACAAUAAAACAAUCAGCAUCUCAGCCA